AUCAAUGAGGGCGAACAGCUGUGAAAGAUGCCCUUCCCCAUACCGAUAAGCGCGACAGCGUUGCCAUUCCAGAGGCACAGAAGGUGUCUUCACAAACAGGGCGUCAUUGGAGCGCUACAGCUUAGACCAGGAGGCUUCCUACAAGCGGGAAGGCAUGACAGCCAAAAGGUUUCCUGCCUACCAAGUUAUUGACGGCCUGAAAUACGCGAAGACGUACUUGCCUGAGAAUGUGCGCGCCAUCCGCGCAUACAUUCCACACGACGAUGACCUUGUACUGGUGUCCUACCUGAAAUGUGGCAACAACUGGCUGGAACAAAUCAUCGAACUAAUUCUUCACAGGGGGGAAAGCGCCGAAAACUACGCCGAAUUUCACCGUUGGUGUCCGUACCCUGAGCUGACGGGUAUGCGCUACCUCGACGAGAUGCAGCCACCACGUUUUCUGAAAACGCACUUCCAGUACCAACAGCAGCCCAAGAACCUCAAGGCCAAGUUCAUCUACCUGACCCGCAACCCGCUAGAUGUCUGCGUCUCAUUCUACUACUACGUGCGGAACGGCCCAAUAUACGACUUCUCCGAUGGCACCUUCGACGACUUCGUCAAUGCUUUCGUUCUCGGCGAAGUAGAGCGAGGAGACUACUGCGAUCACCUUCUCUCCUGGUACUCGCAUCGACUCGAAGAAAACGUUUUCUUUCUCACAUACGAACAGCUGAAGAGCGAUUUUAGAAACACCGUUUUGUGCCUAGCAGGCUUCAUGGGAGAGCAGUACAGACGCAUACUAGAAGAAGACCAAGACGUGUACCGGAACAUUGUUGAGAAGAGCAGCGUACCGUACAUGUCCAAAGUAUGUUAUAUUGACCAAUCAACCAUGGCGAGGUUGACAGAGAAAGAUCAGCCUUUUAUAGACGCCGCUCAUCGAUUCACGUUGUCCGAUUCCGGCAAGCUCAAGGGCACGGGCAUCGUAAGAAAAGGCAUCGUAGGAGACUGGAAGUCACACUUCACGCAGCGUCAUCUAGACCUGAUGCGCGAGUGGAUUGCGAAGAGGAACGCCGCGGCAGCAAUUCGAGAGAUCUGGGCCGAUAUGGACCUCGGUGGGAUUGUCUGAACGCCGAGUAAACAAGUGUUAGUUUGCAGGGACUGGGAAGUUAGCACCGUGGUUUCACUGUCAUCUCUGUGUCGCAUGUUGCGUGUAAACCUUUUUAUUGAUGUUAAAGGCAAUUCAAGUCAGUAGUUUUAAUGCACAGCUCAUGAAUAAGGUGGCAAGGAUGAAAGCUUGUUGGUUCAGGUUUAUGCCUAUGAAAACUCACGUGGAUGAAGAAAACAAGCAGACAACACAAGCACCAAACUAACAAAAGGUUUAUUCUAUAAACAGCCAAUAUAUACGCUCAUGAGAACUCACAUAAAAAAUUACACGCAGAAUCUCCUGCGGGAGUUAUAUAAAUGAUGCGCAAGCAUUUCCUACUAACCACUUGCUCUUUUGUGAGAGACACCGUGAAAGAAGCGUGAAACGGAAAAGCGUGGUUGCAACUCCGAAAUAUUAACCGAGACCAGUCUAAGAUGACGAAGAAGAGGUGAGUAGUAGCAACGUUCACUCAUAUUAUAUGAUGGUUCAUUUGGAUGAUGGCUCUGCUUCAUGGAAGAUUAGCAUUAGCCAAUGCGUGCUUUAGUACGUUGCGUUAUUGAACUGUGUAACGAUUGGUAGACCUCGUACGUAAACGUGGUCAAGGACACUGUCCCCUCUCGAUGCGAACCAUCAACCGCAAUUAACCACACUCAGGCGGCGGCUACGUACGGUACAACCACGCAGGCGCUAUCUUGAAAGUGAUAUGCGAUGGGGACACAGUGCGCCGAGUAGUGAUAGCUUGGUGUGCGCUGUAUUCUCGCCGCAUAGUUCGCGUUGAAGCGAGAGGCAACACGAAAGUCAAUUUGUUCACUGCUGCGUGCCUUAUCUUGAAAGCAGUCGUCUUACCUGACGAACAGACAUACGGGUUUCCUAUGUUCACGCAUUUAAAAAAAAUGAUCAGCGCACGUCUAAUGCGACGAUCGCCAUUUACGAGUUCUAUAUGUUCAACGUGAGCAAACAAGUACGGGCCGGUUAAUGGUCGUCAAUUCCUAAAGAAACCCUGAUAUAUGCCGAUUCCUUUCCUGUUAAAACAAUAUGGCGGCUUUGCUAGCUCACUUGUGACCUUCAACGGCAGUCAAUUACGCCUCCAUAGUAUCAUUUGCCAAUAGUGGGUUGUGCCGACACUUUUUCCGUGUCUGGCUGAAUAUGGGGUUACAAUGACGGAUGGACACAUGCUACCCUAUUCGAUUCGUCAUACUGAGCACGAGCUCCUCAAGGCAGACGUUGACCAAACGGCAUGCUUCCCCGAUGUACGCGCUAACGCCCCAACAAGGAGUGUAUAGCGAACGACACAUUUGCUACAUCUAAUGCGUGGCUUCCUGUAUGCGGCACAUCACUGUUACCUAAUUGUAGCUGAGGACUUCUGUACACCUGGGUAAUCUGCCUAAGAUUCUGCGCCACAAAAACUAACACUCACACGCCGAAACGUCCCGAAACAUUCGUGAACCUGUGCGAAAUUCGGCGCACACAUGGCAAGGCAACCGAAAUACCAAUCUUAGAGUCAGCAAUGUCAUCCUGAGGAAGAUUAGUUUUCUUAAUUAGUUUAAUUGUCUUGCCGCAUGCUCGAAUGAUGAACACUUCCGGAUAUUUAGCUUCCUUUAGUUAAAUGGGCUGCUUACUAAAACUAGCAUUCGUGCUGUGGUGGCCCGAUUUUAAGAAAAACCGAAUGUGAAGAACACAAAUACCCAUUUUUUACAAGUUUAGAAUACCCGGACCUGAAGCUGAGCAGGAACGUUACAGACCUGGAAAAGUAUUCCCAACAUACAUAGUCUUUUAUAAACAACUUUACUCCAAAGUUUUUUUGCUUUAGAACUUCAAAUAAGCUGCCCGUCUCUGUACAUUGCGCCUUUCUACCUCAUCCGGAAAAAUUGUGCAAAUCCAACGUGCUGCGGGAAAGAAGUUAUGCGAAGCAUUUUGCAGGUAACUAUUUGCAGGUUACAGGUCAGUGACUUGCGGCUGCGCGCCCCGCGGCUCUUUGAUUCUCUCGAUUACUUCGAGCAGGCGCUCACUGUUGAGCUCGGACAUGCUGAUAUUCAGGAAGAACGUGCGUUUCCCUAGCUGCUCGAUCAUUGCGAACGCGUUCUCUUUCUUCUGCGCCCAGAAGUACCCCAGUAGCACGCCAUCUUCGAGCUGCCCACGUAAACCUCUGAGGAACGCACUUCCGAAUUGAAGAACUUCUCAACGAAGCUGCGGUCUUCCAAGACCUUCUUUGGGAGCUUCAGGAGCCGGUUGGUGUGUACGGGGUUAGAAAAUGAAUUGAAAACCUAAACCAAGUCAACCGUGAUCUGGCCAGAAGAUGCAAGGACCAGCGAACCUUCACCAAGCAACAUGAGAAUAUGGAAAGAAAGACUAAGUCAAACAGGGCGCCAAGCAAGCAGCCCUCGAACUUAUCCUGCAGGAGCAGGAGCAGCAGCAGCAGCAGCAGCAGCAACAACAACAACAGCGACGACGACGGCGACGACAACGACGACAGGUGAAUGAGACCCUCAAAGCAACAGUCCGCCAACUAAAGGGAAUCCUUGAAGGAUUCAUGGCCCAUGUGAACAAGAUUUCCACCGAAAUGGGAGAACGCAGAGCAGCUUUGGAAAAAACCUUCGAACAGAACCGAAAGACGCCAGAGUCCAGAAAAUGUACACCGGUAUUAUGCAACAUUACAUGAUCACCCACAUUCUCACACCAGCCUAACUAGAGAUGAGGCAAUAACCCUCAGGAAAUUGUAACCGCGAUAUCCUAUUGCAGUCAGCAUUCAUACUUCUGCACGCACUGUGAUGCCCACGACACACACAUACGAUGCGGUAUGGGGAUUAGGAUGUAAACAUGGCAACGUAGACACCCAAACACUAACCGAAGAGCACUGGGAGGCCAAGCUUUCAGACCCAGAUCCUAACAGGCAGCGCAUCUUGUGCUUCCUUAGAAGAAAAGUUUAUUCUCUCUCUUUCUUAUAGGUGAACCCGCCAAAUAGAGAAACGUUUAAACUGUUCCAACUUUUCUAAAAAACGCUGUAUUGUGAAUCCAUACGAAUAAAGCUACGCGAACUAACGC